CCUACUUUAUUUGGGCUUCGUCUUUUUUAUGGGCUGACAAUUUUUUGAGGCCCAGUUUUCACAUGAAAAGCCUGCUUGUAAUUGCAAAUGCUGUUUGCUUCUUCUUCAUCUAGUUCUGGAUUUCUGGUGGUGGAGUGGAUACUAGAAUCGCAGAGGAAUUCGAGAGAAACGGAUAAGUCCCAGUUUGUAAGCAGAACAUCAGGCAGCGUUUCGCGGUGCUCCUUUGAAAAUGGCAUCCUCAUACGCGGCAGCAGCUCUGUCCUGGAGCUCUUCUUCUUUGCUUCACAGCUUCACCGGACAAACUAAUGAAGCCUCCGUGAUGCCAGAUAGAAAAUUGGCUAUGCCGGUCAUUGCCCAGAAGAAAGCCAAGAAGACUAGGAAGAUAAUAUUGAAAGAGGAUGUGGAGUAUGUGGGGAAGAGGGGGCAGCUAAUUGAUGUGAAGGCUGGCUUCUACAGGAACUUCCUCCUGCCCAUGGGCAAGGCCCAGAUUGUCACUCCUGUUUUACUCAAGGAAAUGAAAAUGGAGGAGGAAAGAAUUGAAGCUGAGAAACUACGGGUAAAAGAAGACGCUCAGCAGCUUGCUCGGAUAUUUGAAACUGUUGGAGCUUUCAAGGUGAAGCGCAAAGGUGGAAAGGGCAAACUGAUAUUUGGCAGUGUGACUGCUCAAGAUCUCGUCGACAUCAUAAAGGCACAGCUUCAGAGGGAUAUAGACAAGCGUAUUGUCUCGCUUCCAGAAAUUCGUGAAACGGGAGAGUAUGUUGCUGAACUCAAGCUUCAUCCUGAAGUCACUGCCCGUGUAAGGUUGAAUGUCUUUGCCAACUGAGGUCAUUUGUACCUGCUUCCAAUAACCCCCAGGGACACCUGAAACAAAUAGUUCAUUCUGGACAACUUUCACAUUUCUGGUAUGUGAUCACCAACCAUUUACAUCGUUCGAAAUGGAUGCCGAGGAUAUUUUUCUUAAAUCAAUGGAAGAAAUUCCAGAAAUUUAAAGUCUUCACUCUUCACUGCUGGAACUGAAUUAUUUCCCAUUGUUGCAGGGGGGGUGUGCAAGCGGAGUUGUGAAUGUGUUUAGUUGGAGGCAACAAAUCAUAAUUAGUUUGUAAACCGUACAAAUGUACUGAACAUGAAAUUUUAUGGUUGAUCCCUUCAUCCAUAUAUGUAGUUUGUUGUGUAAUUCAGUCUUAUAGAGAGUUUCCAGGCAAGGAUGAGAAUUGAGAAGGCAUGUACUGCAGAAUGUUUUUGGAGAUGACUUCACGUUUUACUUAAAUGAAUCGAUGGAACAGAUUAUAUGACAGGUUGAUCCCUUCGUCCAUCAAUGAACUUAUUAUAGAUAGUUUUGGCAAAAAAAUGCAAUCAGGCAUGGGUGAGAAGAAAAAGAAUGUGAAAAAGGGAUGUUGCUGCCCGGGAUCGAACCGGAGACCUUUUGCGUGUAAAGCAAACGUGAUAACCACUACACCACAGCAACUUUUGUUGUUGUAAUCUACAAAUUUUAUACCUAUCGCUUCAUCCCUAAGUGAACUUAUUAUAGAGAGUGACCAGGCAGGCAUGGGUGAGAAAAAAAACAAUGUGAAAAAAAAAGAAUGUUGCUGCCCGGGAUCGAACCGGAGACCUUUUGCGUGUAAAGCAAACGUGAUAACCACUACACCACAGCAACCUUUGUUGUUCUAUUCUACAGUGAGAAAUAUUUAAUAUACAUGAUUGAAAGAUAAAAAAAGAUGCCAAAAAGGGUAUCUCACAAAGAACAAAUCUGGAUUACAUCUACUCAGGCCGACUGUGAUCCAUCAUAGCAUCAUGUCAAGAACCAGUUGCUCCCAAUAACUCGAAUUAUUAGGAGAGGUUCAAUCGUGGAUCAUAUACCACAACACUAACACGCCCCCUCAAACGAAAGCCACUCACAAGGGCUUGAAGUUUGCACAGGUCUGAAGACAAGAAUACCAUGUGCUUAACAAAUGGGGGUCACCGGGAAUCGAACACAAGACCUCUCGAUCACAGAAGACUCUGAUACCAUGUCAAGAACCAGUUGCUCCCAAUAACCCUCACCUUCUUCUUUCCCUCUACCAAUACUGCUUACUUAAAUACAUAAUAAUACUACUCAACUAUCCAUCCAUUCAUUCCCACAUGACUAUUUUCACACUCCCAAGUGGAUAAUUAGCUAAAACGAAUGGGAAAGUAGCCGAGUAGGAAGGCAAUAAAACUCAUCAAAAGUACCAUUCAGAGCCACAUAUUUAGCAUCUCCCCCAUGCCAUCAAUAAUGGUUUUAACAUAUA